AUGGCAUCCCCCCCACCAGCGUAUGAAAGCCAUGACAUGCCCCCAGACUACGUCGGGGGCCUUCCCAUCUCCGCCCCCGCUGCUCAGUCUCAAACCAAUCUCAAUCUCAAAUUAUCUUCAAGAACGGACAAGAAACGAAUGGAGGACGAGCCCCCGACUGCGGAUGAAUGCAUAGUGCACCUAAAGCUUCUCGCUGCGAUUGCAGAUCUCCGCGACGAGGUAUCGACGACUGAUGGCCUUUUCGGACUCUCCGACGGUCUCAUCGAUAAAUUCAGCUCCGAAGAUGACAAGUACAGAGCUGCUGCUAUUAUAAGGGAAAAGAGAUGGCAAAUAUAUGUGACCAGGGCAGUAGAUCGAUUUGAAACUUGGUUCAACAGUUGCAUUACCACCGAUAGCGGGAAUGGCUUGUUCAAUGGCACCGUGACAGUCGACGAUAUUGAAAAUGGUGAAAAUUAUCAUAAGAUUACGGAUUGGGAUACCGCGAUCGUGCUCGCUGUUGAUACUCUACCACCGCUAGAUGUUAUCAUGGUGUGGCAUUCGUAUAUGCUUAAUCCACGAAUAUAUUUGGAGGACUGUAUUCGUCUUGGGAGGAUGAGCUUUUGGGUGACAGGAAUGCCCUGGGCAGCUGUCGAUGCAGCUCUGGAUAGGGAUGACUUCAACUUCUUACCCGGAGAUGAUGCAAGGGAAUACUUUGAACGGAUGGCCGGGAUUCCCUGGGACAAUCUCUUGGACUCUCCAGUCAAGCUGAUAAAAUGUCCAAGUUGCCUAACAGCUAUUGAGGUGGAAUGGGAGAGCAGGGAAUGGAAGCUGGACGCUCUGGAAACGCCCUUCGAACACAGUGACGGUUACGCAGAUAAAGGUUUCCGCAGGAUCUGUCCCAGUUGCUCCCUUGUUAUCACGCACAGUACCCUUCAGGUCGCUCAGUUUCGGCAAGAUAUGGCACGGCUUCAAUUGUAUCAGACACCAAUGCCGGGCACCCUUCUUUCUCUCAACGGACUCCCAGAAAACACCAAACAUAAAGGCCAUGAAAACAUGCAACUACCUAACAAAAUCAUCUCAAAAGUCCUACAUAACAAUCUUUUAGAUCGGACAGACUUCUACCACAAUCCCGCUGCUACCAUAGAAACAAUCCGCGAUUACUUCGAAUUCGCUUUCAAAAAGGAACGCUACCUCUUUGCCCCAGCAAAAAUGCCCUCCCUCCCCCAAACUCGCCAGGAGAAAAUUGCCUUCCGCCGCCUCCUCUCCCGAUACUGGGGCAACUCGUCAGUCUUCGGUCUCGACCUGGUCGGCGCUGUCGUCCGCCAGGGGACCUUCAUUACAAAAAUGGACACAAUUGACUGGCUCCACUCCCCCACCCUCCAAGCCACCGUGGAGCAUCUGUUAAGCAGAUACACAGUUUUCAUCCACAUCAUCUCCCAGCACAAGAAACUCGCCGUACCCACCCUCGAUAUCGAUCUGGGCUGGCACACGCACCAACUCGCCCCGCAAUCCUACUUCCGUUACUCCCUCCACAAAACGCACGACCGCUUCAUCGAUCAUGAUGAUAAGGUCACGGAAGAUCAGCUCACCAUGGCCUUCGAGUGGACAUCGAAGAAGUAUAUGGAGUAUACCAACGGCGAACCCUAUAGCGAGUGUAUAUGCUGGUACUGCGAGGCUACCCGUGAGGCGAACUAUGGACCAGCUGUGAAUAUGUAUUUGAUAUCGCGGGCGAAGAAGCUGGCGGAGUCGCUACACGCUGAGCUGGGAAACGGUCAGAAUCCAACCGGUACGAAUCCAACCGGUGCGAAUCCGCACAUUUCAACGCAUAAUGCGGUGCCGGUGGCGAAGAUGCAGGAGCCAUGGAUGGUGGAGAGUAAGCAUCAUGGCGUGCGGCAGCGGCUCAUGGACUAUCAUCAGAAGGCGAUGAGGAGGGAGGAAAAGCGGGAGAGGGCGAGGUCGAAGGAGGAGAUGAAGAAGAAAGAGAUGCCGGACAAAGGAAAAGGGAGGCACCUGUGGACGGGGAUGCAGGACACGGAGCAGAGUAGCGACGAUUUAGCCGAAAAACCUACACGGCAGCAACACCUUCUUGCAUCUGCAUCUGCCUCUGCGUCCACAUCUAGUCUGUCCCUAUCCGUACACACCCCUGCUAAGGACCGCCGCUACGGCUACUACCCCAUCAUCUGGGGGUAUCCCAUCUUCAUCCCGUUCUACGCGCCCUACGCUACCGAUCUGUCCAUCACGUCGGCCAUAUAUCCUACGAACCCGUCGUGCAUGAGUACGGACGUCCACGGAGCUGCGAACUGCAUACCUGGCACUUGCGUUGCGGAGGUUGCGGCGGGGGUUUGUGGUGGUGAUGGGGGUGUUGGGGCUUUUGGGGCUGGAGGUGUAGCUGGUGAUGGGGGAGGCAGUGGCGGAGUGGGAAGCUGUGUUGGAGGGGGAGUGGUAUAG